CAAAGUGUCAUUGUUAUCAAUGCUACCCAGCACUACCUUUGCUUUCUUCAAAUGGAUAUAGGGGAUGAAUAUCUCUACGAUUUCGAGGGCACUUCACCAAGGCACAUGUUAUACAUUAGUUCUACUCCCUGGUUUGACUUGAGCCAGAGAAGUGGGAGAGAGUCUAUACUUGCCAACCUAUGUGGGAUCAUGCGUCGAGCAUUUUCGAUGUGAGGGAUGAAGAUAUAUAUACCAACUCGGCUGAUUAUACUACUGGGUGC